AUUGGUUCGGUCCCCCCUAAAAUCCCGAAAUGGUUCGUGCCAGUAUGCUGGCCUCACGUCUUCUCGUCGGCUCCUCACGAGUCCUCAGUUGUGAACUUCACGAACAGCAUGCCGCAAUGGAGCACUUUAGAGGACGGACACACGAAUCGAGGUGCUCGCUGCGAACGGCUCUAAAAUGCUGCCCUGGAAGAAGAAUAAGUUCGACCUGAUCGAGGAAGACAAGCGGUCCAAACCGAAGGGCUAUGCGGUGAGUCUCAACUACUCGGCGCUCACCUCCUUGGCCAAGUCCUGCCCCGAGAGCGCGCUCAACCGGGUGGGCAACAUGUUUAAGUCCAAGCGGAAAAAGGUCAAGAUCACCAGCGACGACCCCACGUACACGGUGCUCUACCUGGGCAACGCCACCACCAUCCAGUCCAAGGGGGACGGCUGCACCGACGUCGCGGUCAGCAAGAUCUGGGGCAAGAGCGACCUGGGCAAGAACGGCACCAAGAUGCGGCUCACCAUCAGCUCACAGGGCAUCCGAAUGGUGCACGUGGACGACAAGGCGAGGAGACCGGGACACUUGUACUUGCUGCACCGCAUAACCUACUGCGUGGCGGACCCGAGGCUGCCCAAGGUGUUCGCGUGGAUUUACCGGCACGAGAUGAAGCAUAAGGCGGUGAUGCUGCGCUGUCACGCCGUGCUCGUGUCCAAGCCGGAGAAGGCGAAAGCCAUGGCGCUGCUGCUCUACCAGACCUCGGCCACGGCUCUGGCGGAGUUCAAGCGCCUGAAGCGGAGGGACGACACCCGUCACCAGCAGCAGCAGCUUAUCGGGGAGCAAACCAUCCCCCUGGCGCCCCUCAGAAAGCUGCUGAACGGCCAGUGCAACUACAAGCCGCCGGUGGAGCGCAGCCGCAGCGCGCCGAAACUGGGCUCCAUCACGGAGGAUUUGCUCGGGGAGGAGGAGGAGGAGAGGGCCAUGCACUUUGAAUACGACGACAUUCUGGACACGGACGAAUGCGUGGCCAAUGGCAAACAAGAGCUCACUCAGAUUAUUAACGAUUUGGGGGAGAUGAGCAUUGGCAACGACGUGCAGACGCUGAAAGCUGACCUCCAAGUCACCAGACUGCUAUCGGGGGAGAGCACGGGGAGCGAAUCGUCCAUAGAGAGCAGCCACGAGCUCCACGCACUCUCCAACGGCUUCGAGCACAUAAAAGUACAGUGAGUAAUAGGACACUAAAGCCAUUGUUGUGUCUUGAGCUAACGUGUCUCCUCCAAGACACAACCCACCUGUUGACAGCAUCAAGACUUUCUUUAAAUGUGUGCCUCUGUAAGUCUACAACAGUGUGAGGAGGGGUAAAAACAACAACAACAAAAAAACAUCCACAUGGUUUGGGGGAUAACAUCAUGUUUUAGAAGUGUGUUCGUGCAAAAAAAAAAAAAAACAUUUUUUUUGGAGAUGCCUGCUUUGAACCUGCCAAAUCCUGGUGCUCCAAAGGGAGCACAUGCAGGACUAAUUCCUGUCUAUUUUAUUUAAGAGGAUUUUCCUCACGGCCUGUUUUUCCAGUGGUGAAAAUAACAAAUGCUGAAAAUGUGCCCACUAUGAUCGAAAAAUAUUCAGUUUAGUUUGUUCUUUUAUUCAGUGGUGGGGAACCUAUGGUCCAUGGGCUAUGUAAGGCAUGCCAAGUGCAUUUGUUCCCACCUGCCAUGCAACAAUAUUUAACCUACAAAUGCUCAUAAUACAUGAUAAUUAGUGCGUCAUAUUUUUUACGGUUCCCCGCCCAUGCCUUAGUGGACCAAAACAUUUACAACCCCUCCUAUUCUUUCAUUUUGCACUGUCAUGAACUUUACUCAAGUAUCACACUGACUACCAUGUGCUUAUUGUCUGUUUUGUUAUGUUGUCUCAAACAUAAUGUCAUAUUUUUGCUGUGCAAAAGAAGAAACACAUUUUGUGUAAGAUGUAAGGUCAGAUGUUUUAAAGUAUAAAUAUGUAAUUUUUCUAAAUAAUGCAAAAAUGUGAACCUCAUCAAUAAAAGAAAUAGAAAGUU